GGCACAGCUUGUGGUGCUGACUGUUAUUCUCUGGCUCUCUCUCUCUCUCUUCUCAUUCUGUCGCUCCCUCGCCCUUCUUGCUCCGCACACUCAAACACACACACACACACUCUCUCGCUCUCUCUCUCUCUUGCACCCUCAUUCCACCACAUUGCUGCAGACAUGGUUGACGCAUUCGUCGGCACAUGGAACCUCAAGGAAACCAAGAACUUUGAUGAGUACAUGAAGGCGCUGGGUGUGGGCUUUGCCACACGUCAGGUCGGCAGCAUGACAAAACCCACAACUGUCAUCUCAUUAGAAGGCGACACCGUGGUGCUGAAGACCCUGAGCACCUUCAAAAACACAGAAAUCAAAUUCAAGCUGGGCGAGGAGUUUGACGAGACCACCGCCGAUGACAGGAAGGUCAAGUCUAUGGUGACGUUAACCGAUGGGAAGCUCGUGCACGUCCAGAAGUGGGACGGCAAAGAGACCAGCCUGGUCAGGGAAGUCAGCGGAAACAACCUCACACUGACACUUACACUAGGAGAAGUCGUAUGCACACGCAGCUACGAGAAGGCUGAGUAAUUGCCGGUGUCAUCGAGCCCCUGCAUCUACCCACAUCAUCUAAAGCCCCAUGUGCUAGAUACCUAACACCCCUCCAACCCCUUAGUAUGGGUAACAAUGUCCCUCCAUGACCCAGUAACAACCUUAUCGCUGUGACUUCCCCCUUUGUCCCUGCCCUCCUCUUUAUGGCCUGUCAUUGUUCCUCUGUAUGAAACACUGAAUAAAUUCCAAAUGAUUUGUGUUUUCUUUCUGUAA